AUGUCUACGUCGUACCAGCCAUGGCACCAUGGUAAUAUCACCCGUUCUAAGGCUGAGGAUCUGCUCUCCAAAGCAGCCAGGGAUGGGAGCUUCCUCCUCCGGGACAGUGAGUCCAUACAGGGUGCCUAUGCCCUCUGUGUUCUGUAAGUAAAACGUCCAUUCUGACUACCUUUUGAAUAUAUAUAUAUAUAUAUAUCUGGGUAAAACUGACAGUUUAACAGUCCCAAAUUCUGUUGGAAAGAUCAAAUUGAGGAAGGAGGAUUAUGUUGAGAACUCAUCCCUAAUACCUCUUCGUAUGCAAGUAACAUUUGAAAGUAGCUUAGACUACGCCAACUGACUACUCUCUUUUGCAGAGAGAGACAGAUAAGGAAAUAAUUGACAGUUAAACGUGUACUGAGCUACAAUGCUGUUGUACAGAUCAAAAUUGAGGAAGGAAGAUCAUGUUGAAGUCUUUGAUCGAAGUAGCUCGGAGUAGGAAGAGCUGAUUUAAAAACAAAGACUUUAAAAUCAGACAAAACAAUGAUCAACGCUAAACACACUGUUGUUAUUGGGGAGUGAUUUCAAUCUGAAGUGUCAAAUACCUACAUGUAUUUCGGAUACAUAUUCUCCUGCAGCGCGGUAUAGAACCUAACUCUGCCUACUGACAGCGUUUGGCAUGUAAAGCAGAACAAUGUGAUGUUGACUUUCUGUUUCCUUACACCGUGACAUAAAUCAUGGCAACAAGUACAUCUUGGUGGAAUUGAAAAUGUCUUUGCUCAAGACUUUGAUCAACCAGAGAAAACUGGCUAGAAUAAUGUCGUUGUUGUUGUUGCAUGCAGUUUUAGACGUGACUAAAUCUAUAGCAGGAAUUCUAUAUGAUGUAGACCUAUUUUGAAAUUACACCUGCUUACCUGCAGCGGCCAACUCAUCUGCACACACUGUCAUGCUGCAAAGCUGGGUAGACUCCACUGUGCAACUCACACCACACAUCUCUGUGUCACUGUCAGCUUUUAUUAGAAUAAUCGCUAAACAAAUACAUGAAUGGUCAUGUGCUGUUUACCGUUGGACACAAAGUAAUCUAUCAUUACUGCACCUGUCACACCCUGCUGUGAAAUGUCAGUUACUUUAAACCAGAAACCCCAGACCCAACCUCCCCAGACCCAGACCGCUUCUCAAGACCCAGACCACCAGAUCAAGACAUCUCUGUAAACUGUAUGAUAAUAACCCAUCUCUCCUAUUUCCAGGUACCAGAACUGUGUUUAUACGUACAGGAUCCUACCCAAUGAGGAGAGGAAACUCUCUGUCCAGGUCAGUCAGACGGCUCAACAAUAUCUAUUCUUACCAAAAUGCACCCUGUUUUGAGUGUGGAUCCCCCCUACACAGCAUUUAAUCUUAUUAUUUUGAUCUUCACAACACAAGUCCUGGGCGUUAUACCACCAAUUUUAGCUGGUAAAGUCCACUUCCAGGUGUUGGGUGUUAAUGGGUAUUUUAAGAGCCAUUUCUCAAUUUCUCAUGCAUCAGACAACUUCUGCUUUUGUUUUCAAUGCCUUCAGAAAUUAAGAAAGGCCAUGUGUGGUGAGAGGAGUUUUGGCAUGUAGCAUUUUAUUGUGGAUAUUGUGAAACAUAUUACGGUUAUGCAUUGCACCAAGUCUACUUGUAUAGUUUGCAUGGUGUUUGGACCUGCCAGGGGCUACAAUGUGAGCUCUCUGUAUAAUUAGACACUUGCUAUUAACUGUGACUUGCUUGCUGUGGCUGUGAAUGUGUUACAAUGCUCAUGUCCUUUAUUCAAUAAAGGGGGGGGAGUACAGUCUAUUCAAUAAAGGGGGUGUACAGUCUAUUCAAUAAAGGGGGUGUACAGUCUAUUCAAUAAAGGGGGGUGUACAGUCUAUUCAUAAAGGGGGAGUACAGUCUAUUCAAUAAAGGGGGGUGUACAGUCUAUUCAAUAAGGGGGAGUACAGUCUAUUCAAUAAAGGGGGAGUACAGUCUAUUCAAUAAAGGGGGAGUAGUCUAUUCAAUAAAGGGGGAGUACAGUCUAUUCAAUAAAGGGGGAGUACAGUCUAUUCAAUAAAGGGGGUUACAGUCUAUUCAAUAAAGGGGGGGGUACAGUCUAUUCAUAAGGGGUGUACAGUCUAUUCAAUAAAGGGGGUGUACAGUCUAUUCAAUAAAGGGGUGUACAGUCUAUUCAUAAAGGGGGAGUACAGUCUAUUCAAUAAGGGGUGUACAGUCUAUUCAAUAAAGGGGGAGUACAGUCUAUUCAAUAAAGGGGGUGUACAGUCUAUUCAAUAAAGGGGGUGUACAGUCUAUUCAAUAAAGGGGGUGUACAGUCUAUUCAAUAAAGGGGGUGUACAGUCUAUUCAAUAAAGGGGGGGGGUACAGUCUAUUCAAUAAAGGGGGUGUACAGUCUAUUCAAUAAAGGGGGUGUACAGUCUAUUCAAUAAAGGGGGUGUACAGUCUAUUCAAUAAAGGGGGUGUACAGUCUAUUCAAUAAAGGGGGUGUACAGUCUAUUCAAUAAAGGGGGGUGUACAGUCUAUUCAAUAAGGGGGGAGUACAGUCUAUUCAAUAAAGGGGGAGUACAGUCUAUUCAAUAAGGGGGGUGUACAGUCUAUAUCAAUAAAGGGGGGAGUACAGUCUAUUCAAUAAAGGGGGAGUACAGUCUAUUCAAUAAGGGGGUGUACAGUCUAUUCAAUAAAGGGGCAGUACAGUCUAUUCAAUAAAGGGGGUGUACAGUCUAUUCAAUAAAGGGGGAGUACAGUCUAUUCAAUAAAGGGGGAGUACAGUCUAAUCAAUAAAGGGGGUGUCAGUCUAUUCAAUAAGGGGGAGUACAGUCUAAUCAAUAAAGGGGGUGUACAGUCUAUUCAAUAAAGGGGGAGUACAUCUAUUCAAUAAAGGGGGAGUAGUCUAUUCAAUAAAGGGGGAGUACAGUCCUAUUCAAUAAAGGGGUGUACAGUCUAUUCAAUAAGGGGAGUACAGUCUAUUCAAUAAAGGGGAGUACAGUCUAUUCAAUAAAGGGGGAGUACAGUCUAUUCAAUAAAGGGGUGUACAGUCUAUUCAAUAAAGGGGGAGUACGUCUAUUCAAUAAAGGGGAGUACAGUCUAUUCAAUAAGGGGGAGUACAGUCUAUUCAAUAAGGGGGUGUACAGUCUAUUCAAUAAAGGGGGAGUACAGUCUAUUCAUAAAGGGGGUGUACAGUCUAUUCAAUAAAGGGGGAGUACAGUCUAUUCAAUAAAGGGGGAGUACAGUCUAUUCAAUAAGGGGUGUACAGUCUAUUCAAUAAAGGGGGAGUACAGUCUAUUCAAUAAAGGGGGGAGUACAGUCUAUUCAAUAAAGGGGGAGUACAGUCUAUUCAAUAAAGGGGGAGUACAGUCUAUUCAAUAAAGGGGUGUACAGUCUAUUCAAUAAAGGGGAGUACAGUCUAUUCAAUAAAGGGGGUGUACAGUCUAUUCAAUAAAGGGGAGUACAGUCUAUUCAAUAAAGGGGGUGUACAGUCUAUUCAAUAAAGGGGGUGUACAGUCUAUUCAAUAAAGGGGGAGUACAGUCUAUUCAAUAAAGGGGGGUGUACAGUCUAUUCAAUAAAGGGGGAGUACAGUCUAUUCAAUAAAGGGGGGUGUACAGUCUAUUCAAUAAAGGGGGGAGUACAGUCUAUUCAAUAAAGGGGGAGUACAGUCUAUUCAAUAAAGGGGGUGUACAGUCUAUUCAAUAAAGGGGGAGUACAGUCUAUUCAAUAAAGGGGGUGUACAGUCUAUUCAAUAAAGGGGGUGUACAGUCUAUUCAAUAAAGGGGGUGUACAGUCUAUUCAAUAAAGGGGGGUACAGUCUAUUCAAUAAAGGGGGUGUACAGUCUAUUCAAUAAAGGGGGUGUACAGUCUAUUCAAUAAAGGGGGUGUACAGUCUAUUCAAUAAAGGGGGUGUACAGUCUAUUCAAUAAAGGGGGGGGGGGGGUACAGUCUAUUCAAUAAACAGUGUGUACAGUACAACAGGUUUCACUUCAGCUGUAGGCCCGCCCUCUCUGCUCUCUCUGCCACCAAGAGGCUGAGGUUGAAAUUUAAAUACAUUUGGUUAUUGUACAUGCCCUUAUGACUGUGGCAGUCAGAAUAUUCCAAACCUAGAGAAACAUACUACAGUGCACAGUUGAUGAAUUAGAUAGAUUUUAAUUGAUCUAUUGUAGCUGGAAAGCACGAAAGUCAUCCCUGCUGAUUAACAAGUUCUUGAGUUUUAGCUUUCCCUAUACACAGAAAUGAACGGUACUGCAGUUCCUACAGGCUACUCUGCUAAUGCUGAUCAAAAGUUGAUUCCUCUUUCAGUUGCAGGAGGUGUUAAAUGAUCCCCUAGCGUGGGCGUAUGAAAAGCCACAAGGUUAAUCUCGUGGUGCUUAACAGAAAAUAGCGGAAACUUCACACAGAAAAAAAACAUCCACAGUGCCAGUGAAAGGGGCAAAAAAACACGUGACUUGGUAGUUGAUACGCCCUUGGAUGUAGUCCUUUAUAACAGUAUGUAAGCUGUAUGAUUGUUGUAGAAGGAAAACCUGUAAUUCAUACAACAUGACCUAAAGUCUCUGAAAACAUGCCAUAACAUGCCAUAAUUUAAUUUUUAAAAUUUAUAAUAAAGCCCUCUCAGAUCCUACUCUCGCAUUGCUACACUGAUCUAUACCUGCACCAGAAAGAUCUAUGCCAGCACCAGAAAGAUCUAUACCAGCACCAGAAAGAUCUAUACCAGCACCAGAAAGAUCUACACCAGCACCAGAAAGAUCUAUACCAGCACCAGAAAGAUCUACACCAGCACCAGAAAGAUCUACACCAGCACCAGAAAGAUCUAUACCAGCACCAGAAAGAUCUACACCAGCACCAGAAAGAUCUACACCAGCACCAGAAAGAUCUACACCAGCACCAGAAAGAUCUACACCAGCACCAGAAAGAUCUAUACCUGCACCAGAAAGAUCUAUACCAGCACCAGAAAGAUCUAUACCUGCACCAGAAAGAUCUAUGCCAGCACCAGAAAGAUCUAUACCAGCACCAGAAAGAUCUACACCAGCACCAGAAAGAUCUACACCAGCACCAGAAAGAUCUACACCAGCACCAGAAAGAUCUACACCAGCACCAGAAAGAUCUAUACCAGCACCAGAAAGAUCUAUACCUGCACCAGAAAGAUCUAUACCAGCACCAGAAAGAUCUAUACCUGCACCAGAAAGAUCUAUGCCAGCACCAGAAAGAUCUAUACCAGCACCAGAAAGAUAUAUACCUGCACCAGAAAGAUCUAUGCCAGCACCAGAAAGAUCUAUACCUGCACCAGAAAGAUCUAUACCUGCACCAGAAAGAUCUAUGCCAGCACCAGAAAGAUCUAUACCUGCACCAGAAAGAUAUAUGCCAGCACCAGAAAGAUCUAUGCCAGCACCAGAAAGAUCUAUGCCAGCACCAUGAAGAUCUAUACCAGCACCAGAAAGAUCUAUACCUGCACCAGAAAGAUCUAUGCCAGCACCAGAAAGAUCUAUGCCAGCACCAUGAAGAUCUAUACCAGCACCAGAAAGAUAUAUGCCAGCACCAGAAAGAUCUAUGCCAGCACCAUGAAGAUCUAUACCAGCACCAGAAAGAUCUAUGCCAGCACCAGAAAGAUCUAUGCCAGCACCAUGAAGAUCUAUACCAGCACCAUAUAUCAAGCACCAAGUAGAGGCUACUAGCCUGUGUCUUGCUGUGGUGCUCUGUAGUGUACUAGACUCAGAAGUGUACUAGCCUGUGAUGAGAUCUUAGAGAAUACAGUGUAUCAGGAGCAUGGCUUGAUGGUGCAUACUUUAAAACCCACCUGAGUGCCUGGACUUUGGAUUCUUCAAACCAUUUUACAUUUACAUUUACAUUUUAGUCAUUUAGCAGACACUCUUAUCCAGAGCGACCAUUUAACACUCUUUUGUUUGAUUUGCUUUUUCCUGUUUUCUAAUCUGUUCUAACCUGUGACUGAUGUUCUGCUCUCUAGAGUUCUAACCUGUGACUGAUGUUCUGCUCUCUAGAGUUCUAACCUGUGACUGAUGUUCUGCUCUCUAGAGUUCUAACCUGUGACUGAUGUUCUGCUCUCUAGAGUUCUAACCUGUGACUGAUGUUCUGCUCUCUAGAAUUCUAACCUGUGACUGAUGUUGUUACUAGACUCAGUAGUUUGGGCUACUAACCAGUGUUUGUUGUUUCUCUGUGUCUCCAGGCCUCUGAGGGGGUCCCUAUCCGGUUCUUCUGUGUGCUGGCUGACCUGGUGGAGACGUACUACAGUCCCAACAUGGGUCUGGCUACACACCUGCAGUUCCCUGUUCAGAAGGAGGAGGAGCCAGAGGAGGAGCCAGGUCAGAUAAUAACCCACUGAUUAUCUCUCUGCGUUUCUAAGGGUACCCUAUCAGACCUGGUCAAAAGUCUAGGGUGCCAUUUGGGACCCUGCCAUUCUCUCGUAUUAUGUUUUGCUACAGCUGAGCUAACCCAAGGUAGGUUGGUGGUACCAGAUCUGACCUAACCCAAGGUAGGUUGGUGGUACCAGAUCUGACCUAACCCAAGGUGGGUUGGUGGUACCAGAUCUGACCUAACCCAAGGUAGGUUGGUGGUACCAGAUCUGACCUAACCCAAGGUAGGUUGGUGGUACCAGAUCUGACCUAACCCAAGGUAGGUUGGUGGUACCAGAUCUGACCUAACCCAAGGUAGGUUGGUGGUACCAGAUCUGACCUAACCCAAGGUAGGUUGGUGGUACCAGAUCUGACCUAACCCAAGGUAGGUUGGUGGUACCAGAUCUGACCUAACCCAAGGUAGGUUGGUGGUACCAGAUCUGACCUAACCCAAGGUAGGUUGGUGGUACCAGAUCUGACCUAACCCAAGGUAGGUUAGGUUGGUGGUACCAGAUCUGACCUAACCCAAGGUAGGUUGGUGGUACCAGAUCUGAGCUAACCCAAGGUAGGUUGGUGGUACCAGAUCUGACCUAACCCAAGGUAGGUUGGUGGUACCAGAUCUGUUUAUGUUGUAUAGCCAAUUUCUAUGGUUGACCCAAGUAAGUUGGUGACCAUAGGAAGUUGGCUAUACAGCGCGAAGAGAUCUGAGAUCCGGAAAUAACCCAGGGGAUCUCUCUGGCCUAUCCAAAAAGGUACAGUGUAUUUUAUCUGCCACAGGACCAGUGCUUGAAGUGCUCAUAUUAGGGCUGUCAAAAAUAGCGCGUUAACGACGUUAAUUAGUUGUUUGCUGUUAAUUACGUCAAUUUUUUUAACGCAUUUCACGCAUGCGCAGUGUGACAAAUUAUUCAGGUCAGGAAAGUGGUUGGGAGCUAGAGGCGAGAUGGAGCAAGGUGAGCAAAGUGGGCCUAUUGACGGAUUCAAAUAUAAAAAGAAUGAUGAUGGUACAGUUAACAAGUACAAGGUUAUUUGCAAGAUUUGUAAGAAGGAGUUUCAAUUUCACCGGAGCUGUUCAAGCUUGAAGUACCAUGUCAACGCCAAACAUGCGUUUGCUGGGCCGUCAGAUUCAGCAAGUGGUUUGCGCCAGACCACGCUGAAUGUUUGCAGGCAAUUAACAAAAUCAACCUCAGAUAAUUUGACCAACACAAUAGCAAAAUGGAUUGCAAAGGAUUGUAGACCCAUUAGCAUUGUAGAAGACUCAGGUUUCCUUGAUGUUUUGCAAGUGGCGUCUCAAGACUCAUUCUAUAAGCCACCGUCAAGAGCCACAGUUAUGAAGAAAAUCCACGAGCUCUAUGAAAACGAAAAAGAAAAAAGGAAAGAGGUCUUGGCUCAAGUAAAUCAUAUCUUUAUUUAUCUUUUGGUAUGCAUUUCAGAAAAAAAAUGGUUAGGAUUCAGGUGUAAUUGCAAAUAGUGAUUAAUCAUGAUUAAUCCACUGAAAAUUCUGAUUAAUUUGAUUACAAAUUUUAAUCAUUUGACAGCCCUAGCUCAUAUUUUUAAUAUCAUUAUUAGAGGUUUCAAGUUUCAAAGUAUAUACAGGCUCAGUGCCACUACCAUAAUUACAGUGUGCAGGGUUACUGGAGUAAUUGAGGUACAGGGUUGGGUAGGUUACAUUCUAAAUGUGAUCAGUUAGUUACUAGUUACCUGUCCACAAUUGUAAAUCAAUCAGAUACAUUUGUAUGACUUUCCCCUUAAGAGGCAUUAGAAGAAGACUAAAAGGAUCCAUCAAACGCAUUUGGUGUGUCAUCAUAGUGGUCUCUGAUUGGUGGUCAUCAUUUGGUGUGUUACCAUAGUGGUCUCUGAUUGGUGGUCAUCAUUUGGUGUGUCAUCAUAGUGGUCUCUGAUUGGUGGUCAUCAUUUGGUGUGUCAUCAUAGUGGUCUCUGAUUGGUGGUCAUCAUUUGGUGUGUCAUCAUAGUGGUCUCUGAUUGGUGGUCAUCAUUUGUUGUGUCAUCAUAGUGGUCUCUGAUUGGUGGUCAUCAUUUGGUGUGUCAUCAUAGUGGUCUCUGAUUGGUGGUCAUCAUUUGGUGUGUCAUCAUAGUGGUCUCUGAUUGGUGGUCAUCAUUUGGUGUGUCAUCAUAGUGGUCUCUGAUUGGUGGUCAUCAUUUGUUGUGUCAUCAUAGUGGUCUCUGAUUGGUGGUCAUCAUUUGUUGUGUCAUCAUAGUGGUCUCUGAUUGGUGGUCAUCAUUUGUUGUGUCAUCAUAGUGGUCUCUGAUUGGUGGUCAUCAUUUGUUGUGUCAUCAUAGUGGUCUCUGAUUGAUGGUCAUCAUUUGGUGUGUCAUCAUAGUAGUCUCUGAUUGGUGGUCAUCAUUUGGUGUGUCAUCAUAGUGGUCUCUGAUUGGUGGUCAUCAUUUGUUUUGUCAUCAUAGUGGUCUCUGAUUGGUGGUCAUCAUUUGGUGUGUCAUCAUAGUGGUCUCUGAUUGGUGGUCAUCAUUUGUUGUGUCAUCAUAGUGGUCUCUGAUUGGUGGUCAUCAUUUGUUGUGUCAUCAUAGUGGUCUCUGAUUGGUGGUCAUCAUUUGGGGUGUCAUCAUAGUGGUCUCUGAUUGGUGGUCAUCAUUUGUUGUGUCAUCGUAGUGGUCUCUGAUUGGUGGUCAUCAUUUGUUGUGUCAUCGUAGUGGUCUCUGAUUGGUGGUCAUCAUUUGUUGUGUCAUCAUAGUGGUCUCUGAUUGGUGGUCAUCAUUUGUUGUGUCAUCAUAGUGGUCUCUGAUUGGUGGUCAUCAUUUGUUGUGUCAUCAUAGUGGUCUCUGAUUGGUGGUCAUCAUUUGUUGUGUCAUCAUAGUGGUCUCUGAUUGGUGGUCAUCAUUUGUUGUGUCAUCAUAGUGGUCUCUGAUUGGUGGUCAUCAUUUGUUGUGUCAUCAUAGUGGUCUCUGAUUGGUGGUCAUCAUUUGUUGUGUCAUCGUAGUGGUCUCUGAUUGGUGGUCAUCAUUUGUUGUGUCAUCAUAGUGGUCUCUGAUUGGUGGUCAUCAUUUGUUGUGUCAUCAUAGUGGUCUCUGAUUGGUGGUCAUCAUUUGUUGUGUCAUCAUAGUGGUCUCUGAUUGGUGGUCAUCAUUUGUUGUGUCAUCAUAGUGGUCUCUGAUUGGUGGUCAUCAUUUGUUGUGUCAUCAUAGUGGUCUCUGACUGCUGUUCAGACUCGCUCAGGUGGAACAAACUUAAACUUGCGCCUUUUUUCGAUGCUGAAUUGAAUGUCAUUGAGAAAACAUCCUCUCUAAAUGUAAAAGUAAUCCAAUAAGUAAUCAUCUAGUUUUUAUCUGUAAUCUGAUGACAAUACGUUUGCUGAUAAUGUAACUGAUUACAGUUAGUUGUUUUGUAAUCAGAUUACAUGUAAUCAAAUACUCAUUAACCCGGUUAAAGUAGAGACACUACAAGACCAAAGGACACCUGCUCGUCGAACAUCUCAGUCCAAAAUCCUGGGCAUUAAUAUGGAGUUGGUCCCCCCCUUUGCUGCUAUAACAGCCUCCACACUUCUGGGAAGGCUUUCCACUAGAUGUUGGAACAUUGCUGCGGGGGACUUGCUUCCAUUCAGCCACAAGAGCGUUAGUGAGGUCGGGCACUGAUGUUGGGCGAUUAGGUCUGGCUCGCAGUCGGCGUUCCAAUUCAUCCCAAAGGUGUUCGAUGGGGUUGAGGUCAGGGCUCUGUGCAGGCCGGUCAAGUUCUUCCACACAGAUCUCGACAAACCAUUUCUAUAUGGACCUCGCUAUGUGCACGAAUGCCAUCUAGAAUGUCAUUGUAUGCUGUAGUGUUAAGAUUUCCCUUCACUGGAACUAAGGAGCCCGAACCAUGAAAACAGCCCAAGACCAUUAUUCCUCCUCCACCAAACUUUACAGUUGGCUCUAUGCAUUGGGUCAGGUAGCGUUCUCCUGGCAUCCGCCAAACCCAGAUUCGUCCGUCGGACUGCCAGAUGGUGAAGCGUGAUUCAUCACUCCAGAGAACACGCUUCCACUGCUCCAGAGUCCAAUGGCGGCGAGCUUUACACCACUCCAGCCGACGCUUGGCAUUGGGUAUUGGGAUCUUAGGCUUGUGUGUGGCUGCUCUGCCAUGGAAACACAUUUCAUGAAGCUCCCGACGAACAGUUCUUGUGCUGACGUUGCUUCCAGAGGCAGUUUGGAACUCGGUAGUGAGUGUUGCAACUGAGGACAGACGAUUUUUACGCGCUACACGCUUCAGCACUUGGCAGCCCCAUUCUGUGAGUUUGUGUGGCCUACCACUUCGCAGCUGAGCCGUUGUUACUCCACUUCCACUUCACAGUAACAGCACUUACAGUUGACCGGGGCAGCUCUAGCAGGGCAGAAAUUUGACGAACUGACUUGUUGGAAAGGUGGCAUCCUAUGACGUUGCCACGUUGAAAGUCACUGAGCUCUUCAGUAAGGCCAUUCUACUGCUAAUGUUUGUCUAUGGAGAUUGCAUGGCGGUGUGCUUGAUGUUAUACACCUGUCAGCAACGGGUGUGGCUGAAAUAUCUGAAUCCACUAAUUUGAUUCCAUAUGUGUUAUUUCAUAGUUUUGAUGUCUUCACUAUUAUUCUACAAUGUAAAAAUUUUAAAAAUAAAAACCCUUGAAUGAGUAGGUGUGUCCAAACUUUUGACUGGUUGUGUAUACACAUGUAAACAGGAGUACUGGAGUCAUUGACAUAGAUAUAUACAUGUAAACAGGAGUACUGGAGUCAUUGAGGUAGAUAUAUACAUGUAAACAGGAGUACUGGAGUCAUUGAGGUAGAUAUAUACAUGUAAACAGGAGUACUGGAGUCAUUGAGGUAGAUAUAUACAUGUAAACAGGAGUACUGGAGUCAUUGACAUAGAUAUAUACAUGUAAACAGGAGUACUGGAGUCAUUGUGGUAGAUAUAUACAUGUAAACAGGAGUACUGGAGUCAUUGAGGUAGAUAUAUACAUGUAAACAGGAGUACUGGAGUCAUUGAGGUAGAUAUAUACAUGUAAACAGGAGUACUGGAGUCAUUGAGGUAGAUAUAUACAUGUAAACAGGGGUACUGGAGUCAUUGAGGUAGAUAUAUACAUGUAAACAGGAGUACUGGAGUCAUUGAGGUAGAUAUAUACAUGUAAACAGGAGUACUGGAGUCAUUGAGGUAGAUAUAUACAUGUAAACAGGGGUACUGGAGUCAUUGAGGUAGAUAUAUACAUGUAAACAGGAGUACUGGAGUCAUUGACAUAGAUAUAUACAUGUAAACAGGAGUACUGGAGUCAUUGUGGUAGAUAUAUACAUGUAAACAGGAGUACUGGAGUCAUUGAGGUAGAUAUAUACAUGUAAACAGGAGUACUGGAGUCAUUGAGGUAGGUAUAUACAUGUAAACAGGAGAACUGGAGUCAUUGAGGUAGAUAUAUACAUGUAAACAGGAGUACUGGAGUCAUUGAGGUAGAUAUAUACAUGUAAACAGGGGUACUGGAGUCAUUGAGGUAGAUAUAUACAUGUAAACAGGGGUACUGGAGUCAUUGAGGUAGAUAUAUACAUGUAAACAGGGGUACUGGAGUCAUUGAGGUAGAUAUAUACAUGUAAACAGGAGUACUGGAGUCAUUGAGGUAGAUAUAUACAUGUAAACAGGAAUAAAAGUGACUGAAGAUGCUGGUACUAGUAUUAGUAAUGUGAGGAAAAAUGUUACUGGCCAAAUUCAAGUACUACACAGGGUAUGAUUCUGAUGAUUUAAUUAUGUCUAACAGUUUAACUGUUGUGGUUGUUCAUCUCCAGAUCCAGUUAAAUACCCUCCUCAACUACCACCCAGGAACUUCUCAGGAGGGCUGUCAGCCAAUGACAGUAAAGAGACCCAUGGUGGGGAGUCCCAGGGUUCAGAGCUGGCCUGUGCUUCCCUGAUAGACACAUACCGACAGAGGCUGCAACAUGUGGACAUGUCUAAGUAUGCCUCGGUCUGGGCCCACAAAGCGUCUCAGAGUGCCGAUCUAGGAUCAGGUCCCACCUAUCCAUGUCAUCUUAUUCAUUAUGAUAAGGCAAAACUGAUCCCAGAUCAACACUCUUUUGAGACACCGAGACACUUCUCAUUCUACUAUGAGCUGCAAAAUGCUGCUCAAGUGUCUCCGGUAGUAUUGUGUUACCCAGCUGCCAAUCUUUUACUCAGGUACCAACAAACUAAUCACACUGACUGAUAAUUCAUUGUGUCUUCCAGCCUGCCGGAAGAGCACCAACAAUCCAUCCAGGAAUACUUCCACACCUCACUGUGUCUCGAUGCUGAGCAAGCCCAGAAUGGGAAUCUCAACCUCCCCCAUCUGAAGAAGCUCACUAUGGGAAUCUGCAAACAACUAAACAGGUACCGGUAGACUUACUGACGAUAGCUAGCUACAGGGGUGUCCCAAAUUGUUGCCACCCUUGCUGUGGUGGCCGCUGAUUGGCUGAAUAUACCCCCAGGUGGUUAGAGAAGCAUGACAGAAAUAUGAUGCCAAGUUUUUAUUGCCACCCUUGAUAAAGAUUAGCAAUGAUGACUGUAUAAAAUAAAUAAUUCAAAUACUGGGCUACAUUCUAUGCAAAAAGAAAAAAGGGGAAAUUAUAAUAUUUUAUCCUAAUAUAAUUGUACUAAUACAAUUGUACUAAUAUAAUUGCUCAGAAAAAUAGAUUUUGUUUAACAAGUAAAAGAAAAAUUCUCAAAAUUAUUGACAGCCCUAAAUAUUCUUAUAAAUAAAGUCAUCAAAAGUGUAGUAUUUGGUCACAUAUUUCUAGCACACGAUGACUACUUUACCAAUAACAGGGCAGGUUAGCAUGUCUUGGGGGUAUGAGCUAACCUCUCACCAUUACCAAUAACAGGGCAGGUUAGCAUGUCUUGGAGGUAUGGUCUUUGACCCUCUAACUUUUUCACUCAUCAAUAUUCAUGAUUCAUUCAGAAUUAUCCGUAAUCAUGGUAGCAUCCACAUUCAUAUUUAGAAACAUAUUAUAUUCUUACUUACAACAAAAGUGACUCCAAAAUGACACAAUACAUUAUUUACCGUUAAUUUCUAUUGGGGACAAUAUAAUCUGAAACACAACCAAAACUAACAGCAAAUGCUUCCAACAAGUUUGUAGAUUCACAAGCUUGAUGUAGUCAUUGAGUGCUAAGAAUAUGGGACCAAAUAAUAAACUUUUGACUACUUUAUUUAUACAGUGAGUAUCUUUAGGUGUGUCAAUAAUUUUGACCCCUACUUUUUUUUAAAAUAAGUAUUACUUGUUAAGUUAUUAUGCCCCAUGUCAUGUGUCAGUGUGUAGCGGUAGGACGGAGUCAGGCGCAGGACACAGAACUUAGUCAACGACGUACUUUACUUGUCACAAGUAAAUAAACAUAUCUUCCACGUAGGGAAGAAAAUACAGACUCACAUGUCAAUGACAACACAACAACGAACAAUCACGCACAACACCAUGAGGCAAUAGGACCUCAGAAACCUACCCACAUCCUGGUUGACUCUCUCCACCUGCCCAUUACUCUCGGGGUGAAACCCUGAGGUCAGGCUGAUCGAGACCCCCAGACCGUCCAUGAACGCCCUCCAGACCCUUGAUGUGAACUGGGAACCCCGAUCAGACACUAUAUCCUCAGGUACCCCGUAGUGCCGGAAGACGUGAGUAAACAGGGCCUCCGCAGUCUGUAGGGCCGUAGGGAGACCGGGCAAAGGAAUGAGACGGCAGGACUUAGAAAACCGAUCCACAACGACUAAGAUCGUGGUAUUCCCUUGUGACGGGGGGAGGUCCGUAACGAAAUCCACCGAUAGGUGUGACCACGGCCGUUGUACAGACCAGGUUCCCAGAUCUCACCCCGUGGGGUCAAAAUGAUCACAAGAACGGUGAGCAAAAAUCCCAGAACCACACGGGGGGACCUAGUGAAUGACCUGCAGAGAGCUGGGACCAAAGUAACAAAGCCUACCAUCAGUAACACACUACGCCGCCAGGGACUCAAAUCCUGCAGUGCCAGACGUGUCCCCCUGCUUAAGCCAGUACAUGUCCAGGCCCGUCUGAAGUUUGCUAGAGUGCAUUUGGAUGAUCCAGAAGAGGAUUGGGAGAAUGUCAUAUGGUCAGAUGAAACCAAAAUAGAACUUUUUGGUAAAAACUCAACUCGUCGUGUUUGGAGGACAAAGAAUGCUGAGUUGCAUCCAAAGAACACCAUACCUACUGUGAAGCAUGGGGGUGGAAACAUCAUGCUUUGGGGCUGUUUUUCUGCAAAGGGACCAGGACGACUGAUCCGUGUAAAGGAAAGAAUGAAUGGGGCCAUGUAUCGUGAGAUUUUGAGUGAAAACCUCCUUCCAUCAGCAAGGGCAUUGAAGAUGAAACGUGGCUGGGUCUUUCAGCAUGACAAUGAUCCCAAACACACCGCCCGGGCAACGAAGGAGUGGCUUCGCAAGAAGCAUUUCAAGGUCCUGGAGUGGCCUAGCCAGUCUCCAGAUCUCAACCCCAUAGAAAAUCUUUGGAGGGAGUUGAAAGUCCGUGUUGCCCAGCGACAGCCCCAAAACAUCACUGCUCUAGAGGAGAUCUGCAUGGAGGAAUGGGCCAAAAUACCAGCAACAGUGUGUGAAAACCUUGUGAAGACUUACAGAAAACGUUUGACCUGUGUCAUUGCCAACAAAGGGUAUAUAACAAAGUAUUGAGAAACUUUUGUUAUUGACCAAAUACUUAUUUUCCACCAUAAUUUGCAAAUAAAUUCAUUAAAAAUCCUACAAUGUGAUUUUCUGGAUUAUUUUCUCUCAUUUUGUCUGUCAUAGUUGACGUGUACCUAUGAUGAAAAUUACAGGCCUCUCUCAUCUUUUUAAGUGGGAGAACUUGCACAAUUGGUGGCUGACUAAAUAAUUUUUUCCCCCACUGUAUAUGAGAAUAUCAUCUAUAUACACACACCAUUACACUCUGUCCGUGCAGGUCCCUGAAAAUCUCAUCGACAAAGGAUUGGAAGACUGAUGGAGCAUUCAUCAACCCGUACGGCAUGACGAUGUACUCAUAGUGCCCAGAGGUGGUACUAAAUGCCGUCUUCCACUCAUCCCCUUCCCGGAUACGCACCAGGAUGUGCGCGCUCCUGAGAUCCAAUUUGGUGAAGAAGCGCACCCCUUGCAAUGACUCCGUCAUACUAGCAAUGAGAGGUAGUGGAUAACUGUACUUCACCGUUAUCUGAUUGAGACCUCGAUAGUCAAUGCACGGGCGUAAACCUCCAUCCUUCUUCUUCACAAAAAAAGAAACUUGAGGACGCAGGGGAAGUGGAAGGCCGAAUGUAUCCCUGUCCCAGAGAUUCGGAGACAUAUGUUUCCAUAGCCGCCGUCUCUUCCAUAGCCCCCUGUCGAUGGGGUGGUAAUUGAGUCGCCUUCCUUUUACUGAAGGCGAGAGCCAAAUCGGCAUAUUCGGGGGGAAGGUGCAUCGUGGAGACAUGGUUUGGACUCUCCACCGUAGUUGCACCUACGGAAACCCCUACACACCUCCUCGAGCACUGACGGGACCAUCCUUUGAGAGCCCUCUGUUGCCACGAAAUAUUGGGGUUAUGAGAGGCUAACCAGGGAAUCCCCAACACCACUGGAAACGCAAGAGAAUCGAUCAGGAAGAGACGAAUUCUCUCCUCGUGACCCUCCUGCGUUUUCAUCCAGAGUGGAGCUGUGACCUCCCUAAUCAGGCCUGACCCUAAAGGGCGACUAUCUAAGGCAUGUAUAGGGAAGGGCACAUCAACAGGCACAAUAGGGAUCCCUAAUCUAUGUGCAAAUAGACGGUCCAUAAAAUUCCCAGCUGCGCCUGAAUCUACGAGCGCCUUAUGCGGGGAAAACUCCGGAAAUUCUAUGUGAACACACAUGUGCGCAACAGGGAGGUCUGGGUGAGUCGGGUGCCUACUCACCUGGGAUGGUCCACCAGUGCUCUGCCUGCUGCCUCGACUCCCUGAGGACCCUUCCCAGCAGUGUGUCCUCUGCGGCCACAGUUGGUGCAGAAAACAGCCCCCCCUUCCGGUCACCCUUAGAUCGGCACCUCCGAGCUCCAUCGGUGUAAAUCAAAUCAAAUCAAAUUUUAUUGGCCACAUGCACUGAAUACAACAGGUGCAGACAUUACAGUGAAAUGUAAUAGGGUCGGAAGUGCUGGGGAAUGGACUGGACGGACCCUCAUCCGGACGUCCGCGGGUGGCCAACAGGUUAUCCAGUCGUAUCGAUAAAUCCACCAGCUGGUCCAGGUUAAGGGUGGUGUCCCUGCAGGCCAGCUCCCGACGAACGUCCUCCCGUAGGCUGCAUGGGUAAUGGUUGAUCAGGGCCCUCUCAUUCCAUGCCGCGCUGGCUGCCAAGGUCCUGAAGUCCAGUGCGCUCCUCUUCCCCUGUCUGAGGUGGAACAACCGUUCCCCCGCCGCUCCCUCCUCCAGUGGAUGAUCAAAUACCGCCCGGAAACGGCGGGUGAAAUCUUCAUAGCGCACCGAUGCCGCGUCUAUUCCUCCCCACUCAGCGCAGGCCCACUCGAGCGCUUUCCCCGACAGACAUGCGAUGAGGGCGGACACGCUCUCGUAUCCCGAGGGAGCCGGGUGGAUGGUUGCCAGGUAGAGCUCCACCUGGAGCAGAAACCCCCUGGCACCCGGCAGCUGUUCCGUCAUAUGCCCUCGGGAGCGAGAGCCGAAUCCCACUGGAUCCAGGUGGUGAAGGGGUGGACAGGGGUGUGGAGUGAAUAGUAGUGGAAGGAGGUGUAGAAAUCCCACCCCCCCUCUCCCAUCGCUCCAUAGUCUGUACCACUCGAUCCAUGGCUGUGCCAAGAGUCUGUAGCAUGGUCGAGUGCUGCUGGAUGCGUUCCUCCACUGAUCCUGGAGGAAUGGAUGUACCUGGUGACUCCAUAAUGGUGCGUGAUUCUGUCAUGCGUCAGUGUGUAGCGGUAGGACGGAGUCAGGCGCAGGACACAGAACUUAGUCAACGACGUACUUUACUUGUCACAAGUAAAUAAACACAUCUUCCACGCAGGGAAGAAAAUACAGACUCACAUGUCAAUGACACCACAACAACGAACAAUCACGCACAACACCCAUGAGGGAACCAGAGGGUAAAAUAGGGAAACAAAUUAUCGUAAUUGGAACCAGGUGUGUGCAAAAUAGACAAAACAAGUAGAACACAGAUCGGUGGCAGCUAGUACUCCGGUGACGACGAACGCCGAAGCCUGCCCAAGCAAGGAGGAGGGGCAGCCUCGGCUGAAUUCGUGACACCCCCAGCCUAUGGAAUAGCCUGCCAGAGAAUCUGAGGGGGGCCGAAACUGUGGACAUAUUUAAAAGAGAUCUUAAAACACAUAUUUUUAGCUUUGCUUUUCCUCAGGGUGUUUUUAGUCAUUCAGUUUCUCAUUCUUUUGUUUUUUAUCUUAUGUUUGUUGUGUAGUAAAUAUAUAUAUCUAUUUUUUCCCUGUAAAGCACAUUUUGUUGCUUUCUAUGUCUGAAAUGUGCUGUAUAAAUAAAGCUUGAUUUUUGGGAGCAUACAAUAUUGCUCAGUAUUUGAAUUAUUUAUUUUAUACAUUCAUUAUUGCUCAUCUUUAUCAAGGGUGGCAAUAAUUCCGGACCCCACUCACUCAGCAUUCACCGUUAACAGUAGGGUUGGGGUCAAUUCCAUUUCGAUUGAGUCAAUUCAUGGAAAUAAACUUAAUAGGAAUGGAAUUGAUUGACUCCAACCCUGGUAAACAACAACAUUUGAUUAACCCUAACCCUUGUGGGAUGAAUGAAGUAUUUUGAGUUGAAUUAACGUUUUCUGGUGCUCCUGUGUUGUGUCAGCGAGAUCUCCCGUACCCUGCCCACUCUGGAGGUCAUUCAGAGGCUUCUGGACCAGCAGCUUUCCCCAGGGUUCGGCCGACUGAGAAGUCAGGUUGGUUGUUAUUAUGAUUAACUUAUAUUAGCCAUCAUUUUAACAUCAACAUUCAGUAAGGAGAUGGGACAGUAUGAGCUGCAUUCGAGAUCUUAUUAUUUUUGCAUCAGUAUUCAAUAAGGAAACGGGUCGGUAUGAGGAUCCAUUCUAGACUAGAGGGUAUUUUGUCUUUCUGUAAAAUGAGUGACAAUGCUGCGUGAUUGUAGGUAUAUGGAUGCUACAUGGUUGCAGGUGGCUAUUAUUAACCCUUUAUCAGACACUUCUGUUUAGUUUUACUGUCAUCUCUGGUCUAGUGUACGGUAUUUAUAUAAUCUCUGGUCUAGUGUACGGUAUUUAUAUAAUCUCUGGUCUAGUGUACAGUAUAUAUAUCAUCUCUGGUCUAGUGUACAGUAUUUAUAUAAUCUCUGGUCUAGUGUACAGUAUUUAUAUCAUCUCUGGUCUAGUGUACAGUAUUUAUAUAAUCUCUGGUCUAGUGUACAGUAUUUAUAUAAUCUCUGGUCUAGUGUACAGUAUUUAUAUCAUCUCUGGUCUAGUGUACAGUAGUUAUAUCAUCUCUGGUCUAGUGUACAGUAUUUAUAUCAUCUCUGGUCUAGUGUACAGUAUUUAUAUCAUCUCUGGUCUAGUGUACAGUAUAUAUGUGCACGCACCCUACGAAUAGAAUGUCAUGUUUCCAAUUUGUUGCUUUCAAAUCCUUUGUGUUUCUAAUGAUAUGCCCUGUGUGAUGCGCUGAAGUCUGCCUCUGCGCUAUUCUUGGUUUUAUGUUGAAUUCACGUUUCUGCUUUUAAUUUCUAGGUGUCAGCAGAUUCAGGUCAAGCUGUGUCAUUCAGGCUGGAACAAAUCACCAAGCUGCUCUACUCCGUCGAGGAGAAGGUAAUGUCCUAACGCUAUUCUAAACUUAGGACCUGUCCCAAAAUGGCACCCUAUUCCCUACGUAGUGCACUACUUUCGAUCAGGGCCCCAUAGAGCUCUGGUCAAAAGUAGUGCACUAUAUAGGGAAUAGGGUGCCAUUUUGGGACGUAAACUUAUUCUGAAACUAGAGCUUGUUCAUUUUAUAUUUCAAUCAAUCAUUAAACUGACCCCCCCUGGUGUAGAUGAUCUCUCGUAUGUUGUGACGUCGUUCCUGUUACACUUUGACAAACCAAACCAGGACAGAAACACUUCACUUAAAGGAGUAGUGCUUCCUUCACUUAAAGGAGUAGUGCUUCCUUUUGACAUUACUGGAAGUUCCCUUUUCAGGCCAAAGCUGCUGUGUUUGAGUCGGUGGGAUAUGAAGGAGGCCACAGGAGGUCUCUGAUACCACCUAUUACAUUCGAGGUAAGUGAACUAAUACGAUACUGCAGCCAAUAGCCAACUACCAUUGUGUUUCACGAUAACAAUGUCACCCAUCAUACUGUAUUACCAAAGGCAUAGCGGAUAACAAAACUUGCCCGAAACAAAAAUAAUUUAUCUCUAUUAUCAUUGGGGUAAACUGCAAAUUGUCUUUGCAUGGUUUAAUUGCAAUUCCUUUAAUUGCAAAUUCUUCUUUGCAGGUUAAAUCAGAGUUGCUCGGUCUCACAACCAAGAUGUUCCUCAAGGUGGAUGUGGAAAGUGGGAAGAUAUACUUCAAGAAAUACAAAGACGGGCCAGAAGACAAAUACUUUGUACACAAUAAAAGUAAGUACUCUAUUCCUCCUAUAAUCGGAAAAGAGCGUUUCUAUCUUGCAAUCAAGCAAUCAAGAAGCAACUCAAAUUGCGUGCAAGUUUCAUCGUGUAACGGCAGCCCUGGUUAAAAUGUAGUGCCAUAUAAAGGGAAUAAAUCAUUUGGGAAGCAAUCUAAGACUCUAGUUGAUGUAGCCCUAAUCUAUGUAACGUGUAGUCUUACAGCUGGUGAAGUCCCAGAAAGUUGCCAAGCUGGUGGUCGUGGUGGAGACGGAGAAGGAGAAGACUCUGAGGAAAGAGUUUGUCUUCGACGACACAAAGGUAAAAACCUCAGAGGAAGAAUACGGCGCCUUCAGAAAGUAUUCAUACCCCUUGACCUAUUCCACAUUUUGCUGUUUUACAGCCUGAAUUUGAAAUGGAUUCAAUAGAUUUUAGAAUUGUUUUUAGAAUUGUUUGCAAAUUUAUUAAAAAUUAAACACAGAAAUAUCUCAUUUACAUAAGCGAUUACAGCUGAGAGUUUUUCUGGAUAAGUCUGUAAGAGCUUUCCACACCUGGAUUCUGCAACACUUGCCCAUUAUUAUUUUCAAAAUUCUUCAAGCUCGGUUGUUGAUCUUUGCUAGACAGCCAUGUUCAGGUCUUGCCAUAGAUUUUCAAGUAGAUUUAAGUCAAAACUGUAACUCGGCCUCUCAGGAACAGUCACUGUUUUCUUGCUAAGCAACUCCAGUGUAGAUUUGGCCUUGUGUUUUAGGUUAUUGUCCUGCUGAAAGAUAAAUUCAUCUCCCAGAGUCUGGUGGAAAGCAGACUGAACCAGGUUUUCCUCUAGGAUUUUGCUUAUACUUACAGUAGCUCCAUUCCGUUUCUUUUUAACCUGAAAAGCUCACCAGUCCUUAACGAUUACAAGCAUACCCAUAACAUGAUGCAGCCACCACUAUGCUUGAAAAUAUGGAGAGUGGUACUCAGUGAUGUGUUGUGUUGGAUUUUCCCCAAACAUAAUGCUUUGUAUUCAGGACAAAAAGUUCAUUUCUUUGCCACAUUUUUUGCAGUAUUACUUUAGUGCCUUGUUGCAAACAGGAUGCAUGUUUUGGAAUAUUUUUUAUUCCGUACAGGCUUCCUUCUUUUCACUCUGUAAUUUAGGUUAGUGUUGUGGAGUAACUACAAUGUUGCUGAUCCAUCCUCAGUUUUAAAGUCACCAUUGGCCUCAUGGUGAAAUCCCUGAGCGGUUUCCUUCUUCUACGGCAACUGAGUUAGGAAGGACGCCUGUAUCUUUGUAGUGACUGGGUGUAUUGAUACACCAUCCAAAGUGUAAUUAAUAACUUCACCACGCUCAAAGGGAUAUUCAAUGUCUGCUUUUUUUUAUCCAUCUACCGAUAGGUGCCCUUCUUUGCGAGGCAUUGGAAAACCUCCCUGGUCUUUGUGGUUGAAUCUGUGUUUGAAACACUAUUAUUACACACAGAGUCCAUACAACUUAAAUAAUAAUAAUAUAAUAAUAGUAAUAUGCCAUUUAGCAGACGCUUUUAUCCAAAGCGACUUACAGUCAUGCGUGCAUACAUUUUUACGUAUGGGUGGUCCCGGGGAUCGAACCCACUACCUUGGCGUUCCACGCCGUGCUCUAAACACUGAGCUACAGUAGGAACCACGAGGGUUAAUCUUAUUGACUCAAGACAUUCAGCUUUUCAUUUAAUGUCGAAGGACAGCAUGUCCACUUUGACAUUAUGGGCAUUGUUGUAGCCAUGACCAAAAAAAUCAACAUUGAAUCCAUUUUAAAUUCUGCUGUAACAACAAAUUGAAAAGUCAAGCGCUCUUUGACAUUGGACACAAGCUUGUUUAUGUUUAACUGUGUGGACACUAUUAUUACAUGAGUUGUUAAGUGAUAUAGUGUAAUAAUGUGAUGUGUUUGUCGGUGUGGUUUGUGUAGUUGGUGUGUUUGUGUGUGUGGUGUGGGUGGGGUGUGUGUUGGUGUUAGGUGUGUGUGAGCUAAGGGAGAAGUGUGUGGUGUGUGUGUGUUGUAGUUGUGGUGUGUGUGUGUUGUUAUGUGAGCUAGUUUUUGUAUGGGGUUGUGUGUUGUGUCUGUGCCUGUUGUCUGUGUAUUGGUGUGUGGUGUGGUGUGUGUGUGGUGUGUGUGUGUGUUGUGUGUGUGUGUGUGGGUGUGUGUGUGUGUGUGUGUGUGUGUGUGUGUGUGUGGUGGUGUGUGUCUGGUGUGUGUGUGUGUGUGGUGUGUGUGUGUGUCUGGGGUGUGUGUGUGUGUGUGUGUGUGUGUGUGUGUGCGUGCGGUGUGUGUGUGUGUGUGCGUGUGCGUGUGUGUGUUAGAAAAGAGAGGGAUUUUGCCAACUCCUUCAGCAGAUGAAGAACAAACACUCAGACAAGCCUGAGCCAGACAUGAUCACUGUGUUCGUUGGCACCUGGAAUAUGGGUAAAAUGGCUACCUUCAAUGUUUACAUUAACUAAAAUACAUAGAAUAAUGUACCUAGUGCUUCAAUUUGUUGAUAAUAAAUACUUUAUUGAUCAAUAUCGAUAUUGCUACUUCAGCUCAGUCUAUAAUUAUUUUGCUCAAGAACUCAACAGCUAAUUACGCAUUGCCCAAUAAACAAUUGAUUGAUUGAUAAUUACCUCUCCCCCCCCCCCCCAGGUAAUGCCAGUCCCCCCCACAGCAUAGCAUCCUGGUUCCAGUGUAAGGGUCAGGGCAAGACCAGGGAUGACACGGCCGACCACAUCCCUCAUGACAUCUAUGUGAUCGGGACUCAGGAAGAUCCCCUGGGGGAGAAGGAGUGGAUGGACACACUGAAGAGUGCUCUGAGAGGAACCACCAACAUCAGCUUCAAACAAGUCAGUGAUUAUCUCAACACUCAGGGCCAGUUUCCCGGAUACAUAUUAAGCCUAGUCCUUGGACUACAAAGCACUUUCAAUUGAGAUUUUCCAUUGCGUUUGCUAGACUUAAUCUGAGGUACUAGGCUUAACCUGAGUUCGGGAAACCACCCCUUAAAAUAUAGUUACUUGUAACUUCUGAUUUCUACACUGGUAUGAGGCAGGCUACACAUUACCACUAAUCUCCUCCACCAGCCGGCUCUAUACAGUGGGGGAAAAAAGUAUUUAGUCAGCCACCAAUUGUGCAAGUUCUCCCACUUAAAAAGAUGAGAGAGACCUGUAAUUUUCAUCAUAGGUACACGUCAACUAUGACAGACAAAAUGAGAAAAAAUUAUCCAGAAAAUCACAUUGUAGGAUUUUUAAUGAAUUUAUUUGCAAAUUAUGGUGGAAAAUAAGUAUUUGGUCAAUAACAAAAGUUUCUCAAUACUUUGUUAUAUACCCUUUGUUGGCAAUGACACAGGUCAAACGUUUUCUGUAAGUCUUCACAAGGUUUUCACACACUGUUGCUGGUAUUUUGGCCCAUUCCUCCAUGCAGAUCUCCUCUAGAGCAGUGAUGUUUUGGGGCUGUCGCUGGGCAACACAGACUUUCAACUCCCUCCAAAGAUUUUCUAUGGGGUUGAGAUCUGGAGACUGGCUAGGCCACUCCAGGACCUUGAAAUGCUUCUUACGAAGCCACUCCUUUGUUGCCCGGGCGGUGUGUUUGGGAUCAUUGUCAUGCUGAAAGACCCAGCCACGUUUCAUCUUCAAUGCCCUUGCUGAUGGAAGGAGGUUUUCACUCAAAAUCUCACGAUACAUGGCCCCAUUCAUUCUUUCCUUUACACGGAUAAGUCGUCCUGGUCCCUUUGCAGAAAAACAGCCCCAAAGCAUGAUGUUUCCACCCCCAUGCUUCACAGUAGGUAUGGUGUUCUUUGGAUGCAACUCAGCAUUCUUUGUCCUCCAAACACGACGAGUUGAGUUUUUACCAAAAAGUUCUAUUUUGGUUUCAUCUGACCAUAUGACAUUCUCCCAAUCCUCUUCUGGAUCAUCCAAAUGCACUCUAGCAAACUUCAGACGGGCCUGGACAUGUACUGGCUUAAGCAGGGGGACACGUCUUGCACUGCAGGAUUUGAGUCCCUGGUGGCGUAGUGUGUUACUGAUGGUAGGCUUUGUUACUUUGGUCCCAGCUCUCUGCAGGUCAUUCACUAGGUCCCCCCGUGUGGUUCUGGGAUUUUUGCUCACCGUUCUUGUGAUCAUUUUGACCCCACAGGGUGAGAUCUUGCGUGGAGCCCCAGAUCAAGGGAGAUUAUCAGUGGUCUUGUAUGUCUUCCAUUUCCUAAUAAUUGCUCCCACAGUUGAUUUCUUCAAACCAAGCUGCUUACCUAUUGCAGAUUCAGUCUUCCCAGCCUGGUGCAGGUCUACAAUUUUGUUUCUGGUGUCCUUUGACAGCUCUUUGGUCUUGGCCAUAGUGGAGUUUGGAGUGUGACUGUUUGAGGUUGUGGACAGGUGUCUUUUAUACUGAUAACAAGUUCAAACAGGUGCCAUUAAUACAGGUAACGAGUGGAAGACAGAGGAGCCUCUUAAAGAAGAAGUUACAGGUCUGUGAGAGCCAGAAAUCUUGCUUGUUUGUAGGUGACCAAAUACUUAUUUUCCACCAUAAUUUGCAAAUAAAUUCAUAAAAAAUCCUACAAUGUGAUUUUUUGGAUAAUUUUUUCUCAAUUUGUCUGUCAUAGUUGACGUGUACCUAUGAUGAAAAUUACAGGCCUCUCUCAUCUUUUUAAGUGGGAGAACUUGCACAAUUGGUGGCUGACUAAAUACUUUUUUCCCCCACUGUAUGUGGUUGCAAUUAAGCCUGGGGACAUUACAUUAAAACAAGUGCCAGUGACUGUCAGAUUGUAAUAGAAUUCACCAUAAGGAAUGAUUAAUGUGUGUUUUAUUGUAAUUAUUCUGCGUUAUAUUUUGUUCAGAUAGCCAUCCAAACCCUAUGGAACAUCCGCAUCGUUGUGCUAGCCAAGCCAGAGCACGAAAACAGAAUCUCACACAUCUUUUCAGACAGCGUCAAGACAGGGAUCGCCAACGCACUGGGUAAGUCCCAUCAGCUCACUGCAGACCCAUCAACUCACUGCAGAACCAUCAACUCACUGCAGAACCAUCAGCUCACUGCAGACCCAUCAACUCACUGCAGAACCAUCAACUCACUGCAGAACCAUCAGCUCACUGCAGACCCAUCAACUCACUGCAGACCCAUCAACUCACUGCAGACCCAUCAACUCACUGCAGACCCAUCAACUUACUGCAAAACCAUCAGCUCACUGCAAAACCAUGAGCUCACUGCAGAACCAUCAACUCAAUGCAGAACCAUCAACUCACUGCAGACCCAUCAACUCACUGCAGACCCAUCAACUCACUGCAGACCCAUCAACUCACUGCAGACCCAUCAACUCACUGCAGACCCAUCAACUCACUGCAGACCCAUCAACUCAAUGCAGAACCAUCAACUCAAUGCAGAACCAUCAACUCAAUGCAGAACCAUCAACUCACUGCAGAACCAUCAACUCAAUGCAGAACCAUCAACUCAAUGCAGACCCAUCAACUCACUGCAGACCCAUCAACUCACUGCAGACUCUUUGGGCCAGUUUCCCGGACACAGAUGAAGGCUAGUCCUGGACUAAAAAGCAUGGUGAAUGGAGAUUCUCCAUUGAAAUUGUUUUUUAGUCCAAGACUAGCCUUAAUCUGUGUCCGGGAAACUGUCCCUCUUUAAUAACAACCUAGACGAUGAAAUGCACAACUAGUAGAGAGGCCCAACGUUACAUCCAGGUGCUUUUUGUUUAUCUUCCAGGAAAUAAGGGAGCAGUGGGUGUGUCCUUCAUGUUCAACGGUACUUCCUUUGGCUUUGUCAACAGUCACCUGACUUCGGGGAGCGAGAAGAAGAUCAGGUGAGCUACAGGGAUUUAAAAUGGCUGACAAAUUACGUAAAUCAGAAUGUAACACUCCUUUAGCAUUUUAAAUUGUUCUGACCCCUAGAAACCAGUUUGCAUUGAAAGCUAAAUGAAGUGAAAUCAAAAAGUGUAUUGAUUCCACUGACUCAAUAUCAGUACAUUUAGCAUCUCCUCAAAAUGCCACUAAACUCUCACAAGGUUUUUUUGUUUGUUUAUGCUCCAGUAUUGUUUAGGAUGUCUGUUGUUAUUUGUGGCCUGUCUGCUCUAUGUCUUGAGCAGCCUUUAACUGUUUCUGUUCAUUUCUGUUUGAUUUUUAAAAAAAGGAACACAAAGAUAUGAGUCUGCAUAUUGCAGAAAAUAGCUAAAUGUGAGAAAAGAAGAUUCCACAUCUCUUCAUAUCUCAACUACUUGAAAGCAAGACAUUUAUUUUCUCAACAUUUGUUCUCUUGCCAGACGCAACCAAAAUUACGUCAGCAUCCUACGCUUCUUGAAUCUUGGAGAUAAGAAACUGAACCCAUUUGACAUCACACAUCGAUUCACUCAUCUGUUCUGGCUUGGGGAUCUGAAUUAUCGAAUUGAAUUGCCAUCCACAGUAAGUUGAACUAGUUUGGCAGUUAACAUUGGAUGUGGAGAUUGUAAAAAACGACUGGGACUCUAACCCGGGUCCAGCGACUGUCAACUCAACCUUAACCGUUAUGCUAAGAGAUCUGAACUUUUUGAAGAGUUUGUGUUGGGUUAAGGUCGCUACACUAUCAACAACUAUCAACUGCUUUAUCAACAACUCUCAGCCACUGCUAGUCUGAAUUUGUAUUAAUGUGCUUAUUGAAUGUGUUGUUACAUACCAAGCAAGUAAGCAUAAGCAAGCAAGCUGUUACUUGGACACACACUUGUGUAAAGGACACAGCGGCCCACCUGUCCGGUGCAUGAAACAGUAGUUGCAUCCCAAAUGGCAACCUAUUCCCUAUGUAAUGCACUACUUUUGACCAGAGGAGUGCACAACUUUUUUUUUUUACCAAGGGCCCCCGGUCUACAGUAGUUCACUAUAUAGGGAUUAGGGUGCCAUUUGGAACAGGCCCAGCAUGCAGUUCCUGUUCCCUAUUUUUCUAGCAGCAGUAAGGAUAAAUGGAGACUGUGCUGGGCUGCUGACAUCACUGUGCAGGAAGAGAGAGCAGCUACUUUGCAUUGUGUUCCCUUACAGGAAGCAGAGAACAUUGUGACCAAGAUCAAACAGCAGCAGUACCAGGAACUGCUGUGUAAAGACCAGCUCACCAUUGAGAGGGGAGAAGAGAAGGUCUUCCUACACUAUGGUGAGACAUGGCCACUAGCAACAUGCAUUCUGUCACAGCUAACUAUGCCUAAAGCAAAUUCAACUUCACUAGGCUAUAUGAUGUGUAUGAAAAAAUGUGAGGAUAAAUUGAUGGUCAUUGAUAAGUGAUUUUGAUUAAAGUAAUGCAUUUCCAUGCCAAAGCCUACAGUAUGUUAGCCUUGGUAAACUAUAGGCUAACUAGCCCUACCAGAGAGUAAACUAUAGGCUAACUAGCCCCAGAGCCAUGACUAACUAGCCCUACCAGAGAGUAAACUAUAGACUAACUAGCCCUACCAGAGAGUAAACUAUAGGCUAACUAACCCUACCAGAGAGUAAACUAUAGGCUAACUAACCCUACCAGAGAGUAAACUAUAGGCUAACUAGCCCUACCAGAGAGUAAACUAUAGGCUAACUAACCCUACCAGAGAGUAAACUAUAGGCUAACUAGCCCUACCAGAGAGUAAACUAUAGGCUAACUAACCCUACCAGAGAGUAAACUAUAGACUAACUAGCCCUACCAGAGAGUAAACUAUAGGCUAACUAACCCUACCAGAGAGUAAACUAUAGGCUAACUAGCCCUACCAGAGAGUAAACUAUAGGCUAACUAGCCCUACCAGAGAGUAAACUAUAGGCUAACUAACCCUACCAGAGAGUAAACUAUAGGCUAACUAACCCUACCAGAGAGUAAACUAUAGGCUAACUAACCCUACCAGAGAGUAAACUAUAGGCUAACUAACCCCAGAGCCAUGACUCUAUGCUAGCUAGCCCCAGAGCUAUGACACUAGCUAGCCCUACCAGAGAGUCAACUAUAGGCUAACUAGCCCCAGAGCCAUGACUCUAUGCUAGCUAGUCCCAGAGCUAUGACACUAGCUAGCCCUACCAGAGAGUCAACUAUAGGCACAACUAGCCAUUGAGUGAACACAUCUAUGUUUGCCUCUGAAAACUAUAGGCUAACUAGCCCUACCAGAGAGUAUUUAUGCUCUGAAGUGCUCAUGCUUUUGUCAUGGAAAUGUUAUUGUGCCAAAUUUUGCCUGCUUGAAGUUGAGUUCACCACAACAUGUAACAAGACGUAGAGAAAGUUGAAUUCACCACAACAUGUAACAAGAUGUAGACGGAAGCAAAACUGUUACAUAGAGAUAGUUGAGUUCACCACAACAUGUAACAACGUGUAGAGAAUGUGUGACUGUAUGAAGAUUGUGUACACUCUUUUGUCUAUAUUCUGUCUGUAUAUUGUUAAUUAUAAGACGAUGUCAGCACCACUUCCUGGUACAUGUAAAUGUAAUUGGCAAAUAAUGGUGAUUCUGACAUCUUUCUCUUUUUAUUUAAUCUCAUCACAGACGAGGAGGAGAUCACAUUCGCGCCCACGUAUCGUUUCGAGAGAGACACACGCGAGAGAUACGCCUACACCAAGGCCAAAGCCACGGGGGUAGGUUUUAACUGUGUAUGUUUCCUGAGAUGCUGUGUCCCUGUAUGACCCUCAUACAGUAGAGGAAAUAAGCAAAUAUCUGAGCGCACAAGUCCACAGCUUCGCUGUUUAUUAUUUUACCCAGGGGCAGCAGGUGGCUUAGUGGUUAAGAGCGUUGUGCCAGUAACCGUAAAGGUCGCUGGUUCUAAUCCCCCGAGCCGACUAGGUGAAAAAUCUGUCGAUGUGCCCUUGAGCAAGGCACUUAACCCUAAUUGCUCAUGUAAGUCGCUCUGUAUAAGAGCUUCUGCUAAAUGUCUAGAAUGUUCUCAGCCACUAAACAAUGGCAACGUCCCAAAUGGCAUCCUAUUCAGGGGCUCUGGUCAAAAGUAGUGCACUAUAUAGGGAAUAGGGUGCCAUUCUCUGGUCUAAAGUAGUGCACUAUAUAGGGAAUAGGGUGCCAUUCUCUGGUCUAAAGUAGUGCACUAUAUAGGGAAUAGGGUGCCAUUCUCUGGUCUAAAGUAGUGCACUAUAUAGGGAAUAGGGUGCCAUUCUCUGGUCUAAAGUAGUGCACUAUAUAGGGAAUAGGGUGCCAUUCUCUGGUCUAAAGUAGUGCACUAUAUAGGGAAUAGGGUACCAUUCUCUGGUCUAAAGUAGUGCACUAUAUAGGGAAUAGGGUGCCAUUCUCUGGUCUAAAGUAGUGCACUAUAUAGGGAAUAGGGUGCCAUUCUCUGGUCUAAAGUAGUGCACUAUAUAGGGAAUAGGGUGCCAUUCUCUGGUCUAAAGUAGUGCACUAUAUAGGGAAUAGGGUGCCAUUCUCUGGUCUAAAGUAGUGCACUAUAUAGGGAAUAGGGUGCCAUUCUCUGGUCUAAAGUAGUGCACUAUAUAGGGGAAAAGGGUGCCAUUCUCUGGUCUAAAGUAGUGCACUAUAUAGGGAAUAGGGUGCCAUUCUCUGGUCUAAAGUAGUGCACUAUAUAGGGGAAAAGGGUGCCAUUCUCUGGUCUAAAGUAGUGCACUAUAUAGGGAAUAGGGUGCCAUUCUCUGGUCUAAAGUAGUGCACUAUAUAGGGAAUAGGGUGCCAUUCUCUGGUCUAAAGUAGUGCACUAUAUAGGGAAUAGGGUGCCAUUCUCUGGUCUAAAGUAGUGCACUAUAUAGGGAAUAGGGUACCAUUCUCUGGUCUAAAGUAGUGCACUAUAUAGGGAAUAGGGUGACAUUCUCUGGUCUAAAGUAGUGCACUAUAUAGGGGAAAAGGGUGCCAUUCUCUGGUCUAAAGUAGUGCACUAUAUAGGGGAAAAGGGUGCCAUUUGGGAUGCACACAGGGUCUCUGAAACCACUUUUUGAAAGAUGGUCUUGGUCUUAGGUAGGCCUGCCAUCAAACCAAUGCUGAUUUUCCGAAAGACAGAAAUAUAAAUCUUUCUCCCUCACAGACUAAAUAUAAUCUACCAUCAUGGUGUGAUCGUGUUCUGCGGAAGUCCUACCCACUGGUGCAUGUGUUCUGUCAGUCAUACGGUGAGACUAAUGCAAUGAUGAUUGAUUAAUUGAUUAAUUAAUUGCAAUAACCAACAAAAUAUGUCUAAUUUUAGCUAAUGUUAAUACCAAUUAUAUAAUUUCUCAACCUCUCUUGUAGGGUGCACCAAUGACAUCAUGACCAGUGACCACUCUCCAGUUUUCUCCACGUUUGAAGUCGGAGUGGCAUCACAGUUCGUCUCCAAGCAUGGUACGGUUUCUAACUUCAAUUAAGACAACUACACCAUACUGGCUGUGUGACUGAUGCAUGAGUGUCUGACAUCACUGACAUUAAAUGAAAAGUAUUUUACAAAAUGAUCUGCCCUCAGAAGAAGAAGUUCUAGUGUUUUCCGACAACUGCAUUUCCAAAUUGUCUUUCUAUCUUUCUUUCCAGAUCCCAACAGUGUGUCUCAGGGUGGGAUCAAGUUCAUGAACUGCGUUGCCACCCUCAUGACAAAGUCCAAGACCAAGUUCUUCAUCGAAUACCACUCCAGCUGCUUGGAGAGUAAGAAUAGGCUACUUCCUUAUUCGAUCUGUGACCACAGUGGUCAGUGGAUCAUAGGAUAACACUAAAAACAUAUCAAGUGCUCCAACUGAACUGUAGCCUCCACACUAGCCUGAGUGGUAUACUACGAAGCAAGCUAGAUCUACUCAGGCUUUUCUAAAGCUAGCCAGCUUAAGUUAGCUUCACAUUCCAGAUCAGGCUUCAUCCCAUACUACGAUGGUGGAUAAUGCUCGUCCGUCUGCCGCUAACUCUAGCAGGCUUAUAACUGCGUGUUGUUGCACAUGACUAGUUAGAAACCGUACCAUGCUUGGAGACGAACUGUGAUGCCACUCCGACUUCAAACGUGGAGAAAACUGGAGAGUGGUCACUGGUCAUGAUGUCAUUGGUGCACCCUACAAGAGAGGUUGAGAAAGACAGUAUAGUAUGAAGAUAGGCUAAAACUGCUUCUCCAAUAGAAAUCCCUGAUCACACUUUGUAGGCGAUGUCAUGGCGACGUUGGCUAGCUAUGCUCAUUCACAGAAACACGUCAUCGGGUCUUUCGGUCAUCUCGCGCCGAACUGCGCAUGUGCAGGCCGUCAAAAUAAAAGGCGCUCAUUUUUUGAUGAAAAUGACAACGUGUCAGUUUGUCACGCUCACGACGUUGGAGUCAUAACAAGUUCCACACUUAAGACAUUGGCUCGAAUCUAGGUUGUGCCUUUUAGAUUUCAAGAAAAUUAACAACUAAGGAAGAAUAUUUCACUUCUCUCAUUGACUUCUCAAACCCCAAACCCCGGCCUGUUUGAUCUGUUUCGCAAGCGUUUGCGGAAGUCUCGCGAUGUUGCGCCUCUGGGUUUAGAAACUCUUGUGGCCGAGCUCUUCAUUGAGACAGUGCUGAAACAUCAAUUCAUGGGCAAGUCAGUGCCACAUUUUAAUUUGUGCCGAAAUCAAAAUGAAAGAAAAGUUAUCUUGCAAAUUCAGCAGGCUGUGGUGUGGAAUAGGCUCUUAGAUGUGUCGUCUUUAUUUUAUGACUUAUUGUUAAUGCCGUCUUUGGUGUUGCUUAUCAAUGCACAACCACCCUUUUCCCACUCCUAUCUGUGGAACAGCUUGUUGUGUUGUGGCCAUAGACAUAUAAUCCAUAGAAGGGUUUUGGAACCUCUUACCCUGGAAAUUUGACUGUUAAACUCAUAGGUACACUAGCAAUGGCUGCCAGUCUAUGGAUUAUAUGUCUAUGGUUGGUUGCGGCUGUCAGUUUGCCUUUUCACAAAUUUCUAAAUACAAUUGUGCGAAGAAUGUACAGUUUGGAGAGCAAAUGCUGUCAUUACUAAAUGUGUCAUGUGGUAUUUUAACGUAAAUAUUUUUAUUACACACAAAACAUUUCAUUCAUAAAAUAUUUAAUCAGUCGUCUUCCUCAAAUGAUGGGGAUGAUGACUCAAUCUUUUGUGAGAGGGAGGAAAUCUGAUUUCAUUGGUCCUCAACUCACAGCUCAGACAUUUCAUUCAGGGUAAAUGGAGUCAGCACUGAGUAAACCUGCCCCGGAGCAGGUUAGUUCUGAAGGAUAUGUUGCCAUAGACAUUUACCUGGCUAAAAGGUGAGCCACUAUCGUAUGACCGGUUAUCCCGAGUUGAACUCAGAGUUGACCAAAGUUACCUCGCUAACUCCUCCAACCCGGUAUGUACCCCUCUGGUCACAGAUCUGUUUGUCUUGCCAUCUCCUAUUGGUCAUUGUCAUGCCAAACUGGAAUCGGCUAUAGCGCACAAACAGAUCUGGGACCAGGCUAACUGCAUCCUGUCCACAGAAUUCGUCAAGAGCUCGGAAGGAGAGAACCAAGAUCACUCUGAUGGGAACAUCAAGGUUCGGUUUGGAAACCAAGUUGAGGUAAGUUUGACAGUGAAGCUUCUUUCAAAUACAAUACAUACAAUACUAGGCUAAUUGUCUUUACAAUAUGGUGUAUUUGACGCAAUAGAGUUGUUGAGUGUCUGACCUCUUGUCUUUUUAAAGCUCGUCCCCAUCAUCUCAGACCCAGAGUAUCUGUUGGAUCAACACAUCCUCCUGUGUGUCAAGUCCACAGACUGUGACGAAUCCUAUGGUGAGAAAGUAGGACAACUGUGGUCUGUUUUGGAGAGACUUGUUUUGAGAAUGAUUAGUCUGACCAUCAUCUUAGCUGUCAAAUACUAGACAGGUUCUUGAUCAUACAUCUCUCUUUUCCUUCAAUCAACUGUAACUCCAUAAAAUCCUUGUCUGUUUGCAUGUUUGUUACUCCAUUUUUGUUCAGUAUAGCUUCUCGCUGUCAUCACUCUUCAUGCUGUCCAAAAAGUAAAGACAUGCUUUUCUUAAUCCUCCUCCUCCCCUUCUCGUCCUCUCCUCUCCUCCUCCUCCCCUCCUCCUCUUGCCCCUCCCUUUCCCUCUCCUCUUCCUCCUCCUCCUCUCUCCCCUCUCCUCCUCUCUCCUUCUCUCUCUCCUUCCUCCUCUCUUCUCUCUCCUUCUCCCGUCCUCUCCCUCUCUCUCCUCCUCUUCUCUUCUCUUCCUCCUCCUCUUCUCUCCUCCUCCUCCUCUUCUCUCCUCCUCUCCUCCUCUCCUCUCUCGUUCUCUCCUCCUCUUCUCUCGUUCUCUUCUCUCCUCCUCCUCUCCUCCUCUCUCUCCUCCUCCUCCUCCUGCUCCCUGACAUGGUGUCAUCCCUACAGGAGAGGGCUGUGUGGCUCUGCGAGCGGCAGAGUCCUCCUACACAGAGUUCCACGUGACGCUGACGCACCAUGGGGAGCGGACAGGCACCCUGACGGGGGGUGUCCAGCUACGCACCUCUGGGGGCAAACAGACCGAGAAGUUAUACGGUGAGGCUGAGAACCAAUGCCAUACUGCACCACUGAUGUCCCAACAAACAUAAUGUAUUCUCUUGUUGCUAAACACUCCUCCUUUUUCAGAUUUCAUCAAAGUGGAAAGGGAUGAUUCUGGUGCCCCAAAAGGAAAAGGUCUCGAUCACAACAACAAGUGAGAACUCUCUCUUCACUCAUGACUAUUUUACAAGCUUGUGAUCUCCGUUAAAAUUGUGAGAUGAGGACAUGUGGUUAUUCCUCCUGUUCAAUAGGUUCGCUCUUCCCCAUCCUACUGAUAUCACCAACCCUAGUUACAUGGGGGUGGGCUACAAGUCUGGAGGUGUGACAGACAGGGGCUGGAGCUACAGCAUGCAGCCCAGAUCAGGCUCCGGAGGUGGGGGUGGUGUCGUUGGGCAUGGGGGCAAGGACCAGACCCAUGGAAACAUCUUUCCCAAAAAGACUGGCUACGACCACAGCGCUGUGCGAAGCCCCACUGGAAAGGCAUCAGAUAAUGUGUACGUUUCUCUUGGACUAGCCUAGCUCUAAGAGAAAAAAAUAUGUACGAGUUUAUAGUUUUAAAAAUUCUUAGAGGCCGGUUUCCCGAACACAGAUUGAACUCCUUUGAAAUAUAUUUUCAGUCGAGGGCUAGUCUUAAUCUGUGUCUGGGAGAACAACCCUUGGUAAAUUGGUGGAAGGGAAUUUGUUGAGGUGGUUUGACCUCUAAUAUGGGGACUGACAUUAUUUAGGCCUACUUGAAGUGGAACUGAAAUGGGACUGAACUGAACAAUAUUACUGCUAUUUUCUCACAGAGUAGACAAUGUACUGAGAGUGAAGAGAUUGAUUGAUACCCCAUUGUGAGUCUGUGAAGCUGAACUCUGAAUGACCUGCUUCUGCGUGUGUGUGUGUGUGUUCGCAUGUCUGUCUGUCUGUCCUGUCUUCCAGAGGUGAGGACGGGAAGCCAGCGGAGAUGUUUGACAACCCUCUGUACGGCUCCAUGGGGAAGUCUGGAGGAGGAGCUAAAGACCCACCAGACCCUCAGUGCUCCAAGGACCACCUGACCCCUCCAGACCCCAUCUUCUCCUUCCCCAAACCCUCUGACCAGGACCCUGACCGCCCCCCGGUCCCCACCCCGCGUAACCGCUCUUACACCUGUUCUGAGACCAAGCCCCUGUGUUCACCCCCCACCACCUCCCUCCACCCCCAGUCCUACACCAAGAACCCUGUGAAGCCAUCGCGCUCCGAAGGUGGCAUGGUACUAACGGCCAAUAGGCCGCCUCUGCCCAUGAAGUCCCGCCCAGGCCAGGCGGACGCCACGCCCACUAAGCCUAGAGACUACAGAGACAGCUCGGAGCUGCCCAGCAAACUCCGCCCACCUUCAAGGCCCAUCCAGCCCCUCCCCAAAGGAGGUAAGACUCCAGUAACUUUCCCACUCAAGUCCAGAGGCAAGUAG